UCACUUUGUGGAUGAUUUACGUGUUUGCAGGUCCGUCAUAAAGCCUUGAGUCUGGGAGAGGUGUUGGAUGGAGACCGUAUGGCUGAGUCUCUUUACAACAUCCGCUUCAAGGAAAACACUGAGAGACAGACGCUGUGCAAGCUCACUCUCUCUGAGAAAGAGGUGGAUCAGUUGCGAGAGGCGAUCGAGGAGCUGUAUUACUUCGAGUUUGUCCUAGAUGACAUUCCCAUCUGGGGUUUCGUGGGAUACAUGGAAGAGAGUGGAUUCCUGCCUCACAGCCACAAGGUGGGGUUGUGGACACACUUGGACUUGAAUAUAGAGUACAAUGGCGACUCCGUGAUCUUCGCCAACGUGUCUGUGAAGGACGUGAAGCCGGAGCCAUUAGAGGAAGGCGGGGGAGGGGCAGGCCAUGGUGUCGGCAGCGGUGGUCUGACGGUCACUCACACCUACAGCGUGCGCUGGUUUGAGAGUACGUUGCCCCAUUCACGCAGAGCAGAGCGCCUUCGAGACUAUUCCUUCUUUCCUAAGACUCUGGAAAUCCACUGGCUGUCCAUCAUCAACUCAUUAGUGCUGGUGGUGCUGCUGCUGGGCUUCGUCAUCAUCAUCCUCAUGAGGGUGCUGAAGAACGACUUCGCCAGGUAUAAUGUAGAGGAAGAUGGCAGCUGUGAUGACCUGGAUCAGGGGGAUAACGGAUGGAAAAUCAUCCACACCGAUGUCUUUCGCUUCCCACCAUAUAAGAGCCUCCUGUGUGCUGUGUUAGGGGUCGGGGCGCAGUUUCUGACUCUGGCCACAGGAAUCAUUGUCAUGGCACUGCUGGGGAUGUUUAAUGUCCAUCGUCAUGGUGCCAUAAACUCGGCAGCGAUUGUAUUGUACGCUCUGACCAGCUGUGUGUCAGGUUACUGUUCCUGCAGCUUCUACACACAGAUUCAGGGCCAGCGCUGGGUCUGGAAUAUUAUCCUCACCUCCGCGCUCUUCUCUGCCCCUCUCUUUUUCACCUGGAGUGUGGUGAACUCUGUUCACUGGUGGAGUGGAUCGACUCAGGCCCUGCCUGCCACCACUGUGCUUCUGCUGCUUGGUGCCUGGGUGCUGGUGGGUUUCCCCCUCACCGUCAUUGGUGGAAUCGUUGGAAAGAACAGAGCAGGCAACUUCCAGGCCCCGUGCCGCACACGUAACAUACCUCGCCAGAUCCCCCAGCAGCCCUGGUACAAACACACAGCUGUGCACAUGGCCAUCGGCGGCUUCUUGCCUUUCAGUGCCAUCUCAGUAGAACUGUACUACAUCUUUGCCACUGCGUGGGGUCGUGAACACUACACACUCUACGGCAUCCUGUUGUGCGUGUUUGCCAUCCUGCUCUCGGUGGGCGCCUGCAUCUCUGUGGCCCUCACCUACUUCCUGCUCUCAGGCGAGGACUACCGCUGGUGGUGGAGAAGUGUUCUUAGCACCGGCUCCACUGGCAUCUUUAUAUUUGUUUACUCUCUCUUCUACUACCACAAUCGCUCCAACAUGAGCGGCCUUGUACAGAGCGUCGAAUUCUUCGGAUAUUCUUUGCUCACUGCAUUUGUUUUCUCGCUUAUGCUGGGAACGGUCUCCUUCUGGGCUUCUCUGGCUUUUAUUCGUUACAUCUACCGUAGCCUUAAGAUGGACUGAGUUUGUUACCUCUCACGCUGAGCCCCUUAAAUGGGGAAGAGACUCGUGGACCAGGUCCUCAUGGAACCCUGCAUGUGCAGGUUAUAUGUUGCUGAAGUAUCAAACUAUCAAAGCUGUUUCUGAUGCCAAUCUUAAAAGGAAGGGAACAGACAA